GGACAGAGACAGAGAGAGAGGGGAGAGCGUGUUAGCGAGAAGGAGAGGUCAGGAUUCCUCGCAAAUCCAUAAAGAGGUUAUCCUAUCUUCUUCAUCACCUUUCACAAGAUUUUCCCCACUCACACACACUCUUGUGUCUCGCUCUUUAAAACUCCGCAAAUCCUUCUCUCCCCCCCUCCUCUCUCUCUCUCUCUCUCUCUCUCUCUCUCUCUCUUCCCCCUUCUUCUUCCUCUGUUUUUCAUUGGUUUUCAACGCGGAAGCUGCAAUCUUUUUGAAGUUGUCCAAUGAAUAAAUCUGAGAUGACUUUCUGAAGCUGGGUCCAAAUACAGAUUUUUGUUUUCUUUUUUUGAAGUAAGAAGAGGAGGGAAAAUGGCCCCCAGGUCAGGCAGAGGCAAGGCAAACAAAGCCAAGGCAGAAAGGAAGAAGAAAGAAGAAAAAGUAGUACCGCCCAGUGUUCUUGACAUUACUGUCAUCACCCCAAAUGAUAAACAAGUCAUUCUCAAGGCUAUCUCCACUGACAAGAUACUGGAUGUAAGGAGGCUAUUGGCGGCGAACGCAGAGACAUGCAACCUCACAAAUUAUUCUUUGUUUCAUGAGGUCAAAGGAAAGAGAUUGGAUAACAGGGUAGAAGUGGUGAGUCUGAAACCAUACAGCUUGAGAAUGGUUGAAGAGGACUACACUGACGAAGCCCAGGCCUUUGCGCAUGUGCGGAGGCUACUGGACAUCGUGGCCUGCACUGUGAGGUUUGCCAAGCCCCGACGAAGCCCGCCAACACCGGAUUCCAGGUCCAAGAAGAGUAGGGCUCAGCAGGCCAAGAGUCACUCUGGCCCACCCACACCGUCCGAUGGACUGGCCCGAUCGUCGUCGUCGUCGUCGUCGUCAUCAGAUCCCUCUGUUUCUGCGGACAACCUCGGGAUGGUCGCCGUCCACCCAACGCCGAAGCUCUCCGACUUCUACGAGUUCUUCUCGAUCUCUCACCUCUCUCCUCCUAUACUACAUUUGAAGAGAUGUGACCAGAAGAAUGUUGAAGAAAAGCGAGAUGGGGAUUAUUUUGAAAUGGAGAUUAAGAUCUGCAAUGGGAAGUUAAUACGAGUGGUUGCAUCAGUGAAAGGGUUCUAUACCACGGGGAGGCGGAUUUUACAAAGCCACUCACUGGUGGAUCUUCUACAACAGCUUAGCAGAGCUUUUACCAACGCAUAUGAAUCUUUAAUGAAAGCUUUUGCAGAACACAACAAGUUUGGUAAUCUUCCAUAUGGAUUUCGAGCAAAUACAUGGCUUGUUCCUCCAUCCGUUGCUGAUUCUCCGUCAGACUUCCUAAUUCUACCAACAGAAGAUGAAAGUUGGGGUGGCAAUGGCGGCGGCCAGGGAAGAAAUGGUGAAUAUAAUCUUCGACCAUGGGCAACAGAUUUUUCAAUAUUGGCUCGCCUACCUUGCCAAACUGAAGAGGAGAGGGUGGUCCGAGACCGGAAAGCUUUUUUGCUUCAUAGUCAAUUUGUUGAUGUCUCAGUCUUUAAAGCUGUUGCAACAAUACGUCGUCUUGUCGAUUCCACUAUGCAAGCAAACAAUUCACACAGUUGUCGGCCAGGCUCAGUCCUUCAUGAGGAUCGCGUGGGGGAUUUAUCCAUUACAGUGAAACGUGAUACAAUUGAUGCAAGCUUAAAAUCUGAAGUAAAAAUGAGUGGCAGUUGGUUUUCCAAUAUGUCUGACAAGGAAGUUGCUCAAAGGAAUUUGCUCAAAGGGUUGACUGCAGAUGAGAGUGUAGUGGUUCAUGAUACUCCUUCCUUGGGUGUUGUUGUAGUAAGACAUUGUGGAUACACUGCAACUAUAAAAGUGGUUGGUAAUGUGAAGAAGGCAAAGUUUGAGACCCAAGAAAUUGAAAUUGAUGAUCAACCAGAUGGAGGAGCGAAUGCUCUUAACAUUAACAGCUUGAGGCUUCUACUUCAUAAGUUUAGUGCUGAGUCAUACAGAGGAGGUUGCUCACCUCAGUCUACCUUGGAUGGUUUAGAAACGUCUAGAUGUCUUGUAAGAAGAGUAAUUAAAGAGAGCUUGAAAAUGUUAAAGGAGAAACCAAUUGACUCUGAGAGGUCUAUCAGAUGGGAACUCGGCUCUUGUUGGAUGCAACAUCUACAAAAGAAGGAAACACUAUCAGAAAAGAGUUCUAUAGGCCCUGAUGAUGUUAAUGCGGCUGAACAUGCUGUCAAAGGUCUUGGAAAGCAAUUUAAGUUUUUGAAGAGAAGGGAAAAGAAACAAAGUACUGUAAGUUGUACGUGGGAUAAGGAAGAAAAUGAUUCUAGACCUGGCAAUCUGCAUGUGGAAACUGAUUCCGGAGAGCUAUGCAAUGGGGAACUUUGCAGCACAGCAGGACUGGAUAAACUACUUUCUGAAGAUGCUUUUUUGCGCCUUAAAGAAACUGGAACUGGUUUUCAUUUAAAGUCAGUAGAUGAGCUAAUCAUGCUGGCACAGCAAUACUAUGAUGAAGUCGCUUUACCAAAACUGGUAACGGACUUUGGAUCACUUGAACUUUCUCCAGUUGAUGGCCGUACACUAACUGACUUCAUGCAUUUAAGGGGACUGCAGAUGCGCUCUUUGGGUCGAGUGGUUGAACUUGCAGAGAAACUUCCCCAUAUACAAUCACUUUGUAUCCAUGAGAUGAUUACACGAGCUUUCAAGCAUGUACUUAAAGCAGUUGUUGCCUCUGUUGACAAUGUUGAGGACUUACCUGCAGCAAUUGCUUCAUCCCUAAACUUUUUACUUGGAUGCUGUGAGAUGGAAGAUGACCAAGAUUUGAACGAUGAUCAUCUUCUCAGAUUUGAGUGGUUAAAAAUGGUUUUAGCCAAAAAAUUUGGUUGGACAAUAAAAGACGAGUUUCUUCAUGUGAGAAAGUUAUCAAUUCUCCGCGGGCUUUGCCAUAAGGUUGGAUUAGAGUUGAUUUCGAGAGAUUAUGAUAUGGAAUGUCCUUACCCCUUCAGGAAAUAUGAUAUCAUCAGCAUGGUUCCUGUGUGUAAGCAUGUUGGAUGCUCUUCUGCUGAUGGACGGAAUCUGUUGGAGUCAUCAAAAGUUGCUCUUGAUAAAGGAAAGUUAGAGGAUGCUGUUAACUAUGGAGCAAAGGCACUAGCAAAGAUGAUAGCUGUAUGCGGUCCCUACCAUCGAACUACUGCAAGUGCUUACAGUCUUCUAGCCGUAGUACUUUACCACACAGGAGACUUUAAUCAGGCAACUAUAUAUCAGCAAAAGGCUUUGGAUAUCAAUGAGAAAGAACUUGGGCUUGACCAUCCAGAUACAAUGAAAAGCUACGGGGAUCUUUCUGUUUUCUACUACAGACUACAACACAUUGAAUUGGCUUUGAAGUACGUAAACCGUGCUCUGUUCCUUCUUCAUUUUACAUGUGGACUGUCUCACCCAAACACAGCUGCAACAUAUAUAAAUGUAGCUAUGAUGGAAGAGGGCAUGGGAAAUGUUCAUGUUGCUCUCAGAUACCUGCAUGAAGCUCUUAAAUGCAACCAAAGAUUAUUAGGAGCAGAUCAUAUACAGACAGCUGCAAGCUAUCAUGCCAUAGCCAUAGCUCUUUCAUUAAUGGAAGCAUAUUCCCUAAGUGUGCAACAUGAGCAAACUACUCUUAAGAUACUUCAAGCCAAACUUGGACCAGAAGAUCUUCGUACUCAGGAUGCUGCAGCAUGGCUUGAAUACUUUGAAUCAAAGGCCCUGGAGCAGCAAGAAGCAGCAAGAACUGGAACUCCAAAGCCAGACACAUCAAUUGCAAGCAAAGGUCACCUUAGCGUAUCGGAUCUCCUGGAUUACAUAAAUCCUGUUCAAGAUUCAAAAGGGAGUGAUGCACAGAAGAAACAGCGGCGUGCAAAGGGUUUUCAGUCAAGUGAUAAAACCCAUCAAGCACAAAAUGAUGCUACGGCAGAUGGUGACAUGUUCUAUGAUGGCUCGGAAGAUACUACAGAUACAACAGAUGGAAAUAAAGAAGUAGGGAGAGUUGGCAAAGUUAAACCUAAAGAACCUGAAGAAAGUGAUGAUAUUACAAGAAGUGGACCAAAAACUGUAAUUGGAGUUUUUGAAGAAUCUACUUCAGAUGAAGGAUGGCAAGAAGCCAAUUCAAAAGGGCGGUCAGGGAAUACUACAGGCCGGAAAUUUGGCCGGAGGCGACCAGUUCUUGCAAAGCUGAAUGUUAACAAUGCAAAAUAUUCAAAUUUUAAAGGAAGCGUAUAUAGGCGGGAUCUCAUUUCACCAGUGCGAACAACUCCAAAGACUAUCUCAACUGAGUUGUCUUCAUUGAAGCAGUCAAAGGCUACCAGCUUGAGUUCUAGAGAUGAUUCAAUUAAUCCCCAGGCAAAAGCUCCUGCUUCCAAGGUUCCCUCCAGUCCAGCAACUCUUACUUCCUUGGCUUCAAAAUCUCUUUCUUACAAAGAAGUAGCUCUGGCACCUCCAGGUACCAUUCGAAAACCAUUACCAGAGAAAGUAGAGGAAUUAAAUCAGGAAAAAACUGAAAUCCAGAUGCUCAACAUUCCACAUGAGAUAUCAAAGGAUGAAGAAAGUAGCAAUAGCUCUCUAGUUGAAGCAAUCCCAAAAGAUGUUGAGGUUGAAGAAGAUUGUGAAAAAAGCGAUCAAAUGGAACAUACUACCCCAAAACUUGAAGAGGUUUCGUGUUCGUCUGAUCAAGUAAAGCUGGUAGAAACAAAUGGGAGUAAGCUUUCUGCUGCAGCUGAACCAUUUAAUCCAGGAUCACUGCCCAUGCCUAACCAUGCUGCAACAAGUAUAUAUGAUGUAAACAUCAGUCAAGGCAUGCUUGCAGAACCUGCUCUUACUCCAGUUGUUGACAGGAUUCCUUGCGGACCUAGAUCAUCUCUGUAUCUGAGAAACAAUUCUUCUUUCCGAAUGAAACAUGGCUUUCCGAGAUAUCAUACCCGUGGCAAGGAAAGAAGUGGAUUUGGACCUCCAAGAAUCAUGAACCCACAUGCACCCGAGUUUGUACCCGGGAGAGCUUGGCAAACAAAUCCUGGUGAUGCUAAUCCUAACAUUUCAGCCGAGUCAAAUUCUAUGUUUGAAACAUGUAGGGCGGAAGAGGAAAAGCUGGAUGAUAAAUCCAAUAAUGAAGUUAAACAUAGUGCUUCAAAAAAGAGCUUCACUGAGUCUGAGAAGUCGGAGCUUGUGAGUCAGAUAUUGCUUAGUUUGUUUGUACAGUCAGUUCAGCAAAAUAUGGAUCCUGUGGAGGAACCUGCAGUUAACGAGAAGAAUUUUGAGUAUUCAGAGAAUUCUUCGGAUGCAGUAGCAAAUGAUGGUGCAAUUAUAGAAAUUCUCGACGGGAAUGAGGGAAAGGAUUUGGUUUCUCGAACAGGUGAUGUUAAGCAGCCGGAAAUAAUAGACGUGAAUAAGACUAAUGGGGAUGAUGAAGGGUUUAUAGCUGUCCCAAAGAAGAGAAGAAACAGGCAGCAGUUUAGGGAUGGUGUAACUGGGUUGUACAAUCAGCAAUCCAUCUGUGCUUCUGUUCGUUAAAGAGUGGCAUUGCCUAUUCACGGAUUGCCUCUUCGUCAAUAAGUUCUGGUCUCGUGAAUUUGUUUGCAUCACAUUUGAACAGUAGCACAUGUUAUAUUUAGGGAAGUUUUGGUCAUACUCGAUUUCAUUCUAUUGGUUUAUAAGCUCACAUGGGACGUUAUAAUAACCCUUGUAGAAAUUUCUCUCUGAUUUCGAGAUUUUAGUUGAUCAAUAAAAAGCCAAUUGGCUAAUGAUUUCCCCUA